CGAACCGUUGUGAAGGGCGGACGUAUCGCGCGUCUUGCUGAACGUUCGUGUAAUAAAAUCUGGUUUUUAUGUGAGAUAUCUGUACGUCACUCCAGUGGUUUGCAACUUGAGCCGAGCGCGAGUGGUGCGUGAUAAUUUCACGAUUACGGGGAAAUGAAUCUUCGACCGCUGGCAUAAAGGUGAAACUUUAAUGAUGGCAGUGAACAGCCCUAGCGGGUAUCCUCCACUCUCUCCAAAGCCACUCACGCCCAAGAGUCCCCGUCACUUCGUAUUCCCUCAAAAGAGUCCUUCCAUUACAUCCAGCACUUCCUCUUCGGGUUACUAUACGCCACAAUCCGGAUGCAGUUACGACAAACAUGGCCCACCAAAGAGUCCAAUCGCUCACGGUCACCGCAGCCCAGCAAGUCCAAGGCACUUCCAUUUCCCUCAAGUCGCAGAAUCGCCCUCCGAACGCACGAGUCCCAGUCACUUCGACCGACCGCACCACGGGCUUCACUACACCACAUCUCUCAAACACAGCCGCCGCGAAAAGUCCAGAUCACCAAAGCCUCCUCCAGUGCAUAUCCACACUAACCCUGGCUACGUGUCUCCCAACAGAAUGAGGAAAUUAUAUGGUUCGACUUCCACAGUUAGCUCACCACGGCUGGUGACGUCUCCGAGCAUAAUAUCGAGUCACACGGAUGACUCUACGGAUGCAAUGCCCGGCACGCCGUCGGCUAUCGUCAAUGACGCAGACGACGAGGCCACUGAAACGUCUUCAAGGAUUUGUCGAAAGUCCACAUCAGACUUAACCGAUUUAACAGAGGACACGCCGCAGACUCGCUCUACGAGCAUCAGCAGACCAUGUUCACCGAUGCGGCGAGGUUCCAUGAAAGGGGGCUUAGCUUACCUGGCGAGUAGACGGGGAUCGCGGGAAUCGACUAUGUCGAACUGUGAUUCGGUGGAGGACAUUGGACCGCUUAACUUUCAAAACACAAUGCGUGGUCGGCAGAGGAGGACUUCCAAUUUCUUAGAAUUACCAGUCGUCGAGCACUCAAGGCCAAGGGUGUGCUCUUUACCCGAGAAGCCUUACAACCCUCGGCUGUCAGAUGACCUCUACAGACUCCGGACGUUCUCCAUCACCACCAAGGGCGGGGUUGUUAACUGCGGUGACUCCAUCUGCAACCGACGGAGCAGAUCCAAUACUUCCGUGAACUCUACUAAUAGCAGAGCAUCAGACAGAUCGCCAUUCGACGGGUCCUGUUGCUCGGGCUAUCGUCCUGUCGACUCCGCCAGUCUGGACACCCCCGACGAUGAUGAACUUGAUCCAAUUCCAAAAUACCGAGUUGUACUUUUGGGUGACUCAGGUGUCGGGAAAACUGCUCUGGUGUCUCAGUUCAUGACGUCAGAGUACAUGAACACGUAUGACGCGAGUCUGGAUGAUGAAUUUGGAGAAAAGUCAGUGUCGGUGCUGCUGGACGGUGAAGAAUCUGAACUCAUAUUUAUCGAUCACCCCAGCACAGAAAUGUCGGUGGAAAACUGCUUAUCGACUUACGAACCGCACGCCUGCGUGGUUGUUUACUCUGUGGUGGCCAAGAGCUCAUUUGUCAGGGCUAACGAACUAUUGUCCUACCUGGCGAGAGAGCAGUUCACUGUAGAGCGGACGGCGGUGCUUGUGGGGAACAAAGCCGACCUAGCUCGGGCCAGGCAGGUCUCUACUAAUGAGGGUAAGGCUUUGGCGACGUCAAAAGACAGCAAAUUUAUCGAGACCUCGUCUGGGAUACAGCACAACGUCGAUGAACUCUUGGUCGGCAUCUUAAAACAGAUAAGGCUGAAGGAAAGCCGAGAAAAGAAACAAGCAAAGAAGAGUGCCAAACAGGAAACCAAGCCUUCGAAGCUGGCAAGCUCUCGCACCCACAUCUCACUCAGCAUCGCACGGGAACUCCUCCAGAAAAUCUGCAUUAACGACAUAUCUAAAUCUAAGUCCUGCGAAAAUUUACACGUUCUAUAAACUCAUAUAAUAACUUGCAACUUCUUAUAACUUAUGUUAAAUGUCGUCUAUAAAACCUCUCCUUUCGUGUUACAAUAAAUGUUACAUUUUCAAGAUGUAAUAAAAGUAAUAAUCUAGUCAUAUUAUCUAUUAUGUAUGUAUCUUACUGGAUAGUUAAUGCAUUUAAUUGUUUAAUGUAACUGAAAUAUGAUAAUGUUAAUUCCAUUAACUGCAGCUCUAUAAUUAGAUGCUUUUAUCACCACUGACCAUCAUUGACCAUGCUACCCACUUUAUCGAGAUCGGUAUAAAGCCAGCCUCGGCAGCUUUAUACAGUUAUAUUUGCUACCUACAUGCGAUAAUCAAUAAGUAGAUUAUUUUUAGAAUUGUUUCGAAAAUAUUGACUUCCAUAGAAUGUUUUGAAGUUUGUACACCAAAUAAGGUACAGAUUUUGAUGUGAAACAUAUAUAGCCGUACGUAAAAUCGAUUUCUGGCGUGGCGACGCAUACCGUGGUGAAGCGUCGCUACGCUAUAUGAUGGUAUAUAUAUACAGUCUAUAUGCAGUAGUGUGUACGGUGUGGCGACGCGUCGCCAUGCGCACUCAACUGUGCGAUUCUCUCCGACUCGAUCCGCCGUUAAAGCCAUCUCUCUCGCUACACUGAGCUCAGAUACCUAUAGUAUAUACUCCGUAGUGUACGGUGUUGUUUAACUUUUACAAAAUAAUGUCGAUAUUUCACAUCUGCCAGGCUUCCCGUGACGGCUCACGUUUUUUUUUUUUAAAUGGUUAUACUUGCGCUACAAAUUAAUACAAUCCUUUCCGUUAUCUUAGAUGUUGUUGACAAAGAUCAAAGGGAGAGUACUUGAGAAUUUAACAUGUGUUCCUAUAAAGGGCAUAUUAUUGAAAUUGUUAAUGGUUGAUAAACGGGGAUACGCUGAGAAAAUUUAAGGGUGUUUAUACUCUUGUUAUAGAGAAAUUUGAGCAAGAUUUUCUCUUAGAUUUAAGUAGUUAUUUACUAAGUAGUAGUGAUUUCCCUGGUCGUUCCUAUUUUCUUACUCCUUAACCUGUGUGUGGUGUUAACUUUUAUUAGGUGCCGACUUUAGGAAUAUAAUAUUCUGCCUUAAAAUUGGACUGUAAAGGUAUUUCUGCGCACUGUUCUUUUUUAAAUUAAAGAAAAUAUAAUAUGAAGUUCCGGAAGAUAACUUUUUUCGUUUCAAACAAUAUACUCUUAAAAUUAAGCAAGGUGUGUUCUGUUUUUUAUGUACAUACAGUAAAGUACCUACCUGCCAAUUUAGAUAAUCCGCUUUUUUCAACAUGACAUUCAAGAAAAUAAAUUUUGUGGAUAUGAAUUGAACAACAAAUCGAAGCAAGCACAAACUACUAAACACAGAACGUCGUGGACUAUACAAAUAUUAUAGAGACGUGAAGGCAGGUUUUCUCGAUUAGUAUUUUACUGAUAUUGCUAUUUUACCCGGCUGCCGAAAGACGUUAAUGUUUCUCUCAUAGUUUUGGUACGCUCUAGUCCAGCCACUGACGAUCAAGUAAUCCCACAUACCUGCAGCGCUAACAGCCUCUAUGACCAUGACAUCAUGCCGAUCGCGACCAACACACGAUCAGUUUUAUCGGACGUCAAGCUGUUAGCGCUGCAGGUAUGUGAGAGUUCUUGAUCGUCAGUGGCUGACAUAAAGCGUUAAAAUUUCGUCACACGGCCGACGGGAUUAUGACGCGAUGCUGGCGUGACGUGAGUCCUCGUAACAUAGAACGUCACGCCGCACGCGUAUUCUCUACGUGACGUGUUCUUUAACACGUUGCCGUCCCGUCUGCUGUGUAUGUGAGAAAUCCCAGUCACAUUUUUAUUUUUUAAUUAAUUUAUUUUUCACUGUAUCCAUAAGUAUAUGAAGCAUCUAGUCUUCCAAGAAAUCCUUUAUUAAUUAAUUUUAUUAUACUCUUUCGUUGAUACCCUUUUCAGUAUGAUGGUUGUCAUAAUGUUGUUUUAGAUUGGUGAUGUAAUUUUAAUGAGAUUUUCAUUAAUUAAUAUUCUAUUAUAUGCCAUUUAACGUUUCCAAUUAUUCGCAUUACAAUUAUUAUUAAUAUAAAUGUAAUAAGUGUCAGUAUUAAGUAAAUAAAGCAAAAAUUACGCUUGGUACAACUUACCAGUUUACGAUUAAAAAUUAUAUGUAAGUCUACGUGUUAUUAUUAGAAAACUAACUAUAUUUUUCUAUGUAAAACUUUCUACGAUUUUUAUAUUGUACAAUCUGUUUUAUAUUUUAUCUGUGCCAUAAAGCAUAUAAAUCAUUGAAAUAAAAAUAUUGGGGUUAUUGAUAAAAACAAAUAACUUUUGAAAGAAAUUACAAUUUAAUUUCUCAUUUUGAAUAUCUUCAUUCAAAACAUUUAUUUAUUAACAUUCAAAUUAUUUAUUUAAUUCUACCAGAGAGUGCGAUCUCACUCGUAGCGUAUCGUAGUUCCCGUUCCCGUGGCAAUAGGGUAAUAUAAUAUAGCGCAUGAUACUUAAAAAUAACAUAGCUUUCUAUUGGUAAAAGAAUUUUAAAAAUUGGUUUAGUAGAUCCAGAGAUUACUCCCUACAACCUCACAAACUGUAUCUCUUUUUAUUGACGUGACAACGUCUUAUAAUUCGACGGAGCCGGUCGCACACUCAAAAAAUUAUGACGUCAUGCGUCGUUCCGUCGCUCUAGGGUUGCCAACUUUUUUACAAGAAAUAAAGUAUAUUCUCGUCUAUGAAGAUUAUUAAACAGUAUUUUAGAAAAAACGAAUAUUUUCUUUUGAAAAAUGCAACCAUUCCAUCAGUAUUUUCUUAUGACGUUUUCACGUUCAACUAUCGUCAGUAAACUGACUUUACAGACAACUGAUUUAUUUUUAGUAUAGAAGUACAGAUUAAUUUAUUUAAAAUGCAUUUUUUUUAUCCGUGCAUGUACCUACUUAUUAUAAAAACGUUCAGUAUCGCAAAUAAGCCCGUUUCCUCAACAUGGAACUGUUGAGGCUUUAUUUGAUUUUAUGGCACAGUUAAAGUAAUGUUAGAUUUUGUAUUUUCCUUCCUAUUUAUUGUAAAAUACAAUUCUCUUAACUCUCAUUAAGAACGCAGAGAAAAGUGGAUGUACAUGAUUUUACUUUUGUUUUUCCUUCUAUUGGUAAUAAUUUUGCUGCAAAACAUUGCAUUUUGGACAAUGUACAAAAUGUUCGUAAAAGUGAAAUUAGACAUCUACUUAUCAAAGUACCUAAUUAUUUAAAAACCACAAGGAAUAAUAUUCUUCAGGUGCUUAAGUAUCGAAACGAGAUCUCUCAUGUGGUUCUUGAUAUGUAAUUUUGAACGAUCUUUAUUUUUGGGUCUUAUUUAAUAUCGAUAAAAGAAAAUAGUCCAACAAUGGUAACCUAAAAAAUAAAUGUAAACUUGCUUGUUUGGUUUCACGUUAUAUACUCAUAAUAGCUGUGUUACAAGUAGAAUUUAGAAUCAGAAUUUCAAAUAUAUAUAUAUUAUCUCUCGAUUUUGUUCUGAAUAUAACAAUAACCUAAACUUUCUGAAUCAAUUAUUACGAUGUCUAUCAGCCUGUCUAACCGUACGUUACAUUAAAUCUGUUAUUUUUACGAUACUUUUGUGAACAGCCCCUAGUCUUUCAACGUUUUAUGAAAUUUAUAUGAAUGUUUAUUUCAUAAUUCUAUUUCCAACCGACUCCUAAUAUUUCAUAGUGUCUACAGCAUAAUAUUUAACAGUCUCCAUGUCAUCUGUUUCGAUCAGCAUUCUUCUUAUAAAAUAUUUUCUCUAUUGUCAAUUUACGUAACAUGGUAUGGUUUUCGUUUUAUUCCGCUGUAAUAAUAGAUUCUCUUUUACUUAGCCCUCAUUCGCACGAGAGUUUUUUUAUUGGACGUUAAAAAAGCGUUCAAAUGCAUUCCCAAGUAUAUGUUCACAUUUACACGACAGCGUUUUUAAAAUACGAUGCUUUUAUGGAGCAGUGUUGCAUUUUCAAUUUUUGGCGUUGGAAAUAGACCGUCAUUUAACUUUAUACUAUACAACAAAUUCAUUCCCAAGUAUAUUACGAGUAUGUUGACACGACAGCAUUUUAAAAAUACUACGCUUUUUAUCGAGCAGUGUUGCAUUUUCAAUUUUGGGCGUUGGAAAUAGACCCUCAUUUAAUUUCAUAAUACAAGAAAUGCAUUCACAUGUAUAUUACGAGUAUAUUGACACGGCAGCAUUUUUAAAACACGACGCUUUUUUACCGAGCAGUGUUGCAUUUUCAAAUUUGGGCGUUGGAAAUAGACCUUCAUUCAACUUUAUAUAUACGCUAGGCCCGCUAACGCUGGGUUUCAACGCAUCGCUUUUUCAUCUCUCGUGCGAAUGAGACCUUAUAGUUCCGAAUUCAGAUUGUCUGUCAGUUUCAGGCAAGUGUUUGCG